AGGCUUCACAAGUUCACAUUUCACACAUCACAUCAGUUUGUUUAUAGUUUGUGCCGGACAGAAAUGUCGAUAAUUACAUUGGUAUUGCUUUUAAUUCAUUUAAAUGAUUACUGUGUCUAGUUUUUUGUUAAUUACAGUAUUGAAUACUAGAUUUUGAACUCAAAAAAAUAAACUAGUAUUCUGUAUUCAUAACAUAAAAGAGAAGGAUUAAUAAUUAGUUCUUGGAUCUUUGCUUUACGAGGAGUGUUGUUAAGAUAUUUUAAUUUCAAGACUACCUCUUCAAUUAAUUAUGGAUCCGUCUGCAUUUCCAACUGUAGCAACUGUAAUUGGAUUCACCCCUGAUUCGGACAGUGGCCCCUUGGUGGCUACACUUGCCUGCCCGAUAACUAGUGAAGAAGUAGAAACGCCUGUCACUGUUCAAGAUCCUCCUGCUGCCAAAUUGGAAGAAACAAUUCAAAUUGAAACCGAUGAUCCCGUCACUAAAGCUCUUGUAGAUAAUAUUGCCGGCAGGUUGCCCACAAAAAAACCAGUUGAAAAAUCGAGAUGUGAUAUUUGUAACAUUGAAGUUAUUGGAAAAAAUCUUGACUUGCAUCUAGCUGGUGUAAAACAUUUUAAAAAGAUGAAAUUACUUGAAUCAUUAGCCAAAAUUCAAGAGCAAACAGAUAGCGAACCAGCUCCUACCAAUCCUCUGCUCUGCUUCAAGUGUGAAGUAUGUAAUGUGUCUGCCAACUCCAUACAACAGUUACAAUUACAUACCCAAGGCAUAAAGCACAAAAAUAAUUUUGAAAAUCUUUCUAAAAAAAAUGGUAAUCGACUGAAGCAAGAACCCUUGGGCUGUCUCCCAGCACUUCCUGGUAGUGCUGUGGCCGAACAUUCAAGUCCAAUGAGUUAUGUCAACUCAGCGCACCAACCUCAACAGCGGCAAUCAUCAAAAGAGCAUUUGGAAAUAAAUUCUGCCAAUAUAACAAGUAGUGAAAGAAACCAGUCACAAUCUUAUCCGAAAGCAAGCUAUGGCCUGAAAAAUAAUCCAGCUUCAAGAAAAUUUGUUGGGAAGAUGAACAAAAAUGUCUCUAGUAAUCAAUAUAACAGAUUUAAACCCUUCUCUAGAGAGAAAUUGUUUCAACAAAAAAUCACAGAAACUGAUUCAACUUUUGGUGAUGCAGAUGCCAAUUUCUCCUGUUCAGUCUGCAAAGUAAAGGUCAACUCUGCUGUCCAACUGAAGCAGCAUGAAGCAUCAAAAAAUCACGCCGAAAAGGUUGCUAGUUAUGAGCAUGCAUCUCCAAGUGUUCCGGUAAAGCGAAUAAACAAUUCAAAUGAUACUCAAAGCAAGGAUGGGUUCGAAAGUUUAAAAUGCGACAUCUGUAACAUCUUUACUAAUUCCAUGAUUCAACUUCAAGGUCAUUUAGCAUCACCAAAGCACGCUGAAGUGGUUGCUAGAAUUGCGCGACCUAAUUAUCCGGAUGCGCAAAUUGAAAAUUCAAAAGAGGCAAAGGGUGGGAUGAAAAGAUUUAAAUGUGACGUCUGUAACAUUUAUACGAAUUCCAUGCUUCAACUUCAACAGCAUCAAUCAUCAUCAAAAGAGCAUUUGCAAAGAAUUUCUUCUAAUAAGCCAUCAAAUAUUGAGAAUAAAAAAUCCCAAUUUCACACAAGAAGAAGCAUUAAUCAGCCAUAUAAUCCAAAAGCACCAAGAAAAUAUGUUGGAAAUAUGAAUAAAGUAUCUCCUUACAAUCGUAACUUCAACUCACCGCACCAACUUAAACAGCAUCAAUCAUCAAGGGAGCAUUUGGAAGUAAGGUCUACUAAUAUGCUAACAAGAAGUGAGAGUGACCGGUUUGAAUGUUACCCAAGACCAAGCUAUAACCAGCAAAAUAUUCCAGAAGCUUCAAGAAACUAUGAUGAAAAGAUGAACAAUAAUGUAUCUUACAGUAAUCAAGAUAACAGAUUUGUACCCUCAGAAGAAAAAUUGUUUCACCGUAGAACAACAUCAACCGAUAUAACCGGUUCAAGUGCUGGUGUGGCUGUGGCCAAUAUCUCCUGUUCAGUCUCCAAAGUAAUGUUCAACUCUGCUUUCCAACUCCACCAGAAUGAAGCAGCACCAAAGCACGUUGAACAGGUUUCUAGUUAUGCGCGUCCUAAUUAUCCUGUUGAACGAGUAAACAAACCAAAUGGCACUCACAACAAGGGUGGGGUAACACCAUUCAAAUGUGACACCUGUAACAUCUAUACAAAUUCCAUGAUUCAACUUCAACAGCAUUAUAUAUCUUUGAAGCAUCUGAACCAAGUGGAGGGCAAGCCAGCCUUUAAUAAUCGACCUACGUCAGGUAUUCCUCCGCAAACUCGCUUGACUCAAUCGGCAAACAGAGCAUUUACGAGUGAUUAUGCCGCUGCGUCUGUUCACAAGCCAUUGGCCCCAGUGUCUCGUCAUCAACCAAUUUUGAGUCGAAUGAUGGGUAAUCUUCAAUCAAAGUCGUUGUAACAUGCAAAUGCAGUCAAACGAACUUUUCCAAAAUAAAAAUAGUCAAGUAGGAUUCCAUUUUUUGUAUAAAUGGUCUCAAUUCAGUUGUAAAUUAAACUGGAUUUCAUCAAUUUUCUAUCUUCAAGAACUAUUAAAGCUUUGAAUACAUCGUUCAACAACUCUGAAUUAAUAUAAUCACAGCCAUCUCUAGCAUGCUGUGACCUAAGCAUUGGCAACGGUCUUCACCGUUGCAAACUAAGUCCAGUUACAGCCUCUUCGGUCACUCUCUUUUGGUAGAGAGCUACUGGGAAAGAUAUUCUAAGUAUUCUUUCCAAAGAACGGUACAAAACAUGUAAAUUCAAAUAUAAAUAUACAUAUAUCAGUAAACUUCAUUUUUACAAGAAUUUACUUAACAUUUAGAAUUAUCAUGAUAUUAACUAAUCAAUUGUUGGCUCAGCUCUCAAAAAUCUCUGAAGUGUUAUAAUGUACAGUCAACCUGAACUUACUUACAAAAAAUAGAACGGAAUGAAUUACAACUAUACAAUAAAUUAAUAAUGAAUUACAUUAUGUUACAUCUAAAGUGUAAUAUUAGUCAACCAAAUUUUCUAAAUUUCUUUUCAACAGGCGCAUAUUAACAAACUCAGCACAAUUAUCGGGUGAAUCAUUAAAGUUUUUGGUACAAUGUAUAUUAAGGUGCUUCUGGCUAAAUUAUUCGAAGUAAAUGGUACACCAUACAUCUCAUUCCUUGAAUCAUAUCAUGAAGGACUGCAUUAUUCGUGUUCUGGUUUGUCGGAAACAUCUUGUCAAGCAGCCUUUUUAUUAAAAUUGUCUCAAGGUAGCUUACUUGAUUCAAUAAACGUUUUUCUAUUCUAUUCCUAUUCUAAUCUCAUUGCUUUUUACUCGGAUUGACCUAAUAUGCAGUGAUACCGUUUUCAGAGGCCGUGGCAUAUUUCUAGAGAUGGCUGUGAUAUAAUGUAUACAUGCAUAAUAAUGUUGUGUUUUCACCAUAGAUCGGUUGCUAAUAUCACGUUCUCUGUCUAUGUAAACAAUUUUUUUUUAUUGUUUAGUUUUCUAAAUAGCUAAUGUUGAGUAUUAGUGAUAUCUGUAAUAGAAUUUGCUAGAAUUCAUUAUUCUAGGUUCCAAUCUCAAAGUGAAAUGGAACCUUUCUAUUGUCUGGAAGAUUGUAAUUCAAUACAUGGGUUUUGUAUUUAUA